AUGGAUGCCUUCCCUCAUUUGCCUUCCCGCCAUAAGGUCAGGCCAAGCGAUGAUGCAUCCGCUUACGAGCCCUUCAAUACCAGCCAUGAACACCGCGGACUCGGCAAACCCAUCAGCAGACGACUUUGCGACAUCUCAGAGAUCGCAGCACUGGUAUUGAGCUUUUGUUGUAGUAUCGCUGGUCUGGUCUGUUGCUUUCAUCCAGCCACUGCAGCGAGCCUGGAACAAAAGUAUCAGCUCAUCGUCGUUGGCUUGGUGCUUUCGCUCAUGGACCUCUGCACCGCCAAAUUGUCAACGAUUGUCUUCUUGCAACUCGAGACACGAUGGGCGAGUCUGUUACAGAACUACGAUUCCAUUAUUAAGAGGAGUAUCUUGGGAAGUCUUCUGAACGGGCGACGGGGGAGUCAAAGGUGGACACUGCUUCUCUCUGCUUAUCUAGCGUUCCCAUUGCUUCUUAGCGUUGGCUACAAGAGCUUCGUUGGUGGAAAGGUAACAACUGAAGUACAUGCCAGCGGCGGCCAAUAUGGUCUCACUGGCCCUGUUGGGUUCGCCAACUUUGCCUCCGGCGCUUCUCUCAUGGUCAACGCUACGAUACCUUUCAUGUUUAACAACGUGACCAAAUUACCCCCUCAACCACAAACCUUUGGUUUUAACAUGCUCCUACUCAAUGAUGACGCCAUCAGAGUUGCCAUGUUGGACGGACCAAGUCCAUCUUACGUCAAGACCAUUAGGGCUGAGCUCCGGGGCCAACAGUCAUAUAUCGUGUCUGCUGACAUUUUUGGCUUGGCUUGGCAUCUCAACUACCAAGUUGACAAACAGCGCAAUAACGAUUCGUGGUGGAACAACCUUUUUGACUCAAGCGAUGACGAUGCGCCACAGAAUAUAUCUCUUUACAAAGAGAAAAAGUGGCUGUCGACCCUGUGGCCCCAAGGUCAAGUCGAACAGUUCUUCGUUCUUCUCACACCGCAUGAGAAAGACAGGCAUAUUAAACCCUCAAAAGAAAGGUUUCAGAAGGAAGCGCUCGAGUUCACAAGUCAGCGACUUAAAUGUCAUGGGAAAUGGAAGAUUACUGCCAAUUCAGUCAACCUUGUCGAGGGUAGCUGCGGUGAAAGUUUUGUGGAAGCAUUCCCAGACGGCUGUAGACAUCUUCAUUUGAAUGAUGCCAGAUACUUGCUCAGCGACUUUGUCAGUGACCUGCUUACGGCAAAUCUGGAUGAAGCAGCUCAGAUAAGGUUCACGGCUGUGGUGUCAUCUCUUCUUUGGUCACGACUGGCCGCCUUCUGUGGUAUUGGCUCCCCAGUUAACGAUUUGGAACCUCGAGAUCGUGAACGAUUUGAGUACCAUCGGCCUGAUAAAGCUUGGAAGACUGUCACGGUACUCAAGAGGUCUCCUUUCCUUGCUAUCGUUCUGCUCGCUCAGCCUACUGUCGGCUUGGUACUUCUUAUCGUACGCAUCGUAUUUUGUUCGUCGCCUGUAUCUGGGGGCUUUGGCCUCAUCAGUAUUUUGGCGGGUCACAGACCUAAUGAGGGCGAUACUCUGAGGGGUGCAGGGUUGUCUGGAGACGUCAAGGAAUGCAUUGAGUUGGUUUUCGACGAGCAUGGUGACUUGUGCGAUGACGGGGGUGAGAGGCUGAGGUUUCGGCUGAGGGAAGCAAGGAACUCCAUGCAUCAUCACCGAAGUGAGCUUAAGCCUGGAGUCAAGUACCAUUGA